AUGUAGAAAAUUUUAAAUAAAUAAACUACUUAUAGUUAAUAAUAUAAAGGUAUCAAUAUUUAUAAUGUUAUCAAAAAAAUUGGGAAUGGUAGCUUUGGAGAUGUUUAUUUAGUUCAAAAUAUUAAAAAUUAAAAAUAUUAUGCUAUGAAAACUUUGGAAAUUGAAAAAUUAACAUAAAAUGAUAAUUUAAAAUAUGCGUUUUCGGAAAGAAGUAUAAUAAAAAAAUGCAAUUCACCAUUUAUAAUAAAGCUAUACCAUUCAUUUGAAACAGAAAGGCAUUUAAUUAUGAUAUUAGAUUAUUGUCCUGGUGGUGACUUGUAUUCAUUAUUAUAAAUAAAAUAUAGAUUUUAAGAAGAUUUAGCAAGGAAAUACUUAAGUGAAGUUCUUUUAGCAAUAGAAGAAUUACAUGUUUAAGAUAUAAUGUAUCGAGAUAUGAAGCCUGAAAAUAUAGUAAUAUGUUCAGAUGGACAUACUAAACUAAUUGAUUUCGGUUUAUCAAAAGAAAAUAUUGGUAAAACAACUUCUUAAUCUUUUUGUGGAUCGGGUGCAUAUUUGGCUCCUGAAAUUAUUGGGGAAAAAGGUCAUAAUAAAAGUGUGGAUUGGUACUAAUUUGGUAUUUUAGCUUAUGAGUUAAUAGUUGGUUAACCACCUUUUAACUAUAUGGAUAAAUAAACUCUUUAUUUUUAUAUUUAAAAUAAAUAAGUUGAAUUUCCACAUUUUGUUUCAGACAAUGCUUAAGAUUUAAUUAGAAAUGUAUUUUUUAUAAAUUAUUUUCAUUAUUUUUUAUUUAAGUUAUUACAUAAAUAACCUGAAUUAAGAUUAGGUGGAACUGGAGGCGCAUUAUAGAUUAAAAAACAUCAAUUUUUUGAAGGAAUAAUUUGGGAAAAUGUAAAUAAAAAAUAAUUAGAUAUGCAUAUUCCUAAUUUUGAAAAUAUUAAUAACGAAAAAAUUGAUGUUUCAUUUAAAAUUAAAGAAUUAACUGAAUAAAUGUUUCCUAAUUGGUAUUUUUUAGAUUAAUAAGAAAUUACAUUAUGA